AAUGCGAGCGGAAAUUCCUUUCUGGCAAGCACAUUAAUGCCCUUCACAUUUAUUGAUGGAGCGGGGGAGGACUGACAACUCAUGGGGCCCCCAGGCAAUAGGGGAUCAUGGGGCCCCUGUGUCCUUGCCCAAACUCAAAAAAGCCUAUGAAAAAGGUACCAGGGUCAUCUCAUGGGGCCCCCUACUGACCCCGGGCCCUCGGGCAGUGCCCGAGUUUCCAAAUGGUCAGUCCGCCCCUGUU